AUGGACUAUGUUCAGGUCAGUCCGCAGUUCGGGGGGUCGGCGAUCCUCGGCGAAGUCCCUGCCCGACUUGGAGGGAGCGACUGUGUCCUCACCUGUGCCCCCACCGCUUUAUUCGGCCCUUCUUUCUACCUGCCUUGCUUGCCUCACACUCACCGUGUUGUCUAUCAUACCCACAAGGGUCGUUUCGCCAUGUGCCUCCAAGGCAUCAUUCUCAGCGCCUCCCCGUUGGCUCGGCUCGGUGCUGUCCUUGAGAGCCGCAACGCUGACGCCAUUCCCUUUCCCAUAUCUCUCAACAUGGUCGUAGGUAACGUGCUAUGGGCGAUGUUUGGUUUCUACGUCAACGACCACGUUAUCUUCCUCCCUAGUGUUGUUGGCUACACGCUUGGCAUGACGCAGAUAUUGGUCAUCUUGUGGUGUUGGGGGUAUCUCCCCUACGACCUUGCUUUCCUCAAGUUCAUCUUCAGCAGUAGACACAGUAGUCCGGAAACGACUAUUGAGAUGACAGUGCGGGAGAGGGACCAUCCCGAGUACAUCGACACUGCUGAGGAUGGUGCCCACUGUGACAGCGGGGAGGAGGAACCAGAAGAGGGCAAUUUGAAGGUUAAGGAUGGCAGCGUGGUGAAAUUGACGGACCUAGAGUCGGGCACCCUCGUAGCCUUGGCGAUCCGUGCCCUGGGCGUAGGCCAUAUAUUUACUCUCACUGGUGGGCAUAUAUCCCCUAUUCUGGUCGGCUGUAACGCCGUCGGUAUCAAGGUCGUGGAUACACGUGAUGAGAAGGCAGCUGUUUUCGCGGCGGACGCCUAUGCAAGGCUGACAGGCAACAUCGGCGUCUGUGCGGUGACUGCUGGGCCUGGUCUCACGAACGCUGUCACUGCUAUCGUGAACGCUAGGAUGGCCGAAGUCCCAAUAAUGGUCUUGGCCGGGGCCACGUCUAUGAUCCUGAAAGGUAGAGGGAGCCUUCAGGAUAUCGACCAGGGAGCACUGGUCAAAUCAGCUGUGAAGAGCCAAACGACGGUGAAAAGUGUGAAGGAAAUAAUACCAGCUGUAUUACGUGCAUCUGCGGUUGCUGGGAG